AUGCGGUUGUCUAAUCGUUGCCUCAUAAAGCGGGAUUUUGAUGCUUGGGCUUAUAACAUAUACUGGCCGCAGAAAAAGGCGUUUCUUCCACUAAUGGGCUUCGCGAGUUUAACAGUUGAGGAUAUUAAGUUUGCAUACAAUGCGUGGUGUCUCUUGCGUCUCGCAAUGUUUUAUGGUGCCACACACCCAAAGGUUCUCAGUCCAUUAGUGAACUGCACUCCAUCAAUGGACAUCAUACAUGGCGGAAAUCGAAUUUUUUACAUGCACUCGCAAGUGUCCACUCCCCUUUCACAACGAAAAAUAAAAGUUGCACUAACUCCCUGCCAUCCCGGGGCACAAUUACUGCAGUCAUUUCCGUGGGAAACUGCAGCUCAACAGGGCGGUUGGGGUUCAACGGAGGGCGAUGAUAAUUGCGGCGUGGAGAUAAUUCUCGGAAUGGAAAAUGGCAUGUCUGAAGAGGUACGUGCGGGAUGUGAUUAUUGCCUUUACGUGCCUCAAUACGGUUCUGUAGGUUCACUUUCAAUGCUUUCAGCAAUGGCAAUUGCCGUACAUUUGGCCUUCUGUGCGCGGUGGAUGAGGCGGGGUACUGAAGUGAAUGAACGACUUGUACCAUUUUUGGGGGCAUAUGCCUUUGAGCAGUGACGCCAAUGGCACAAUUGCGCCCUGUACGCUUCCACAUGAGAAAAAUCUUAUACACUUUAGUAAUGAAGAAAUUCGAGCUUUACUUGCGGAGAGGCGCCUGCAGUAUCGAAUGCAGCUUUCCGUGAUGGUAUAUAAUGAGUUUGGUGAUCGCAACAUUGGGGCCAUCAUGCGCAAUGCAAAUGUGUUCAAUUGCGAGGAACUUAUUGUUCUGAAUCGUCGCAAGUUUAACCGGCGGGGUGCCGUUGGUACACAUCAUGUGCUCACGACGACAUUUCACGCUACUUUGCACGACAGGAGUUGUCAGUCACGUUUGCAGGGUUAUGUGUUGUGGCUACUGCAUCAAUAUUAUCCAUAUCUGAAAGUUUAUGGUGCAUCUCCAUCUCCAUCUAAUGAUAAUGAUAAUGAUAAUGAUGUUGCCACUUUCCUUCGACACGACAACAUUCACUUGCAACGUUGGCUUCGAUGUAAUGGUUACCAACACAAUGAAGCGGGCCCAAUCGCUAAUAUAACUGCAAGUUUUGGAACUGGUGACCACUGGGUUCAUCUUAUUGGAAAGGAAGUUUAUCUUGACGAUGAGAGUUCACUUGUGUCCGCAGUAAAGUCAGCUGCUGCAGCGGGAUAUCGCGGCAUAAUGUUAGUGGUUCCUGAAGAGGGCGCAACAUUACCAUUAGAAUUGGUGAAAGAGUCACAACGCGUAGUUUUUAUUGCACAUCCCAAUCGACUUGCACGGGAUGUGCAGCGUGGACUUAAUGGUGCACUCGCGACGGCGGUUGCUCUCGAGCGCCUUCGAACCGCAAUCGAUAAUAUUUAA